AAAUUCCCCUCCAUAUAUUGUAAUUCCAAACAAACUUUCCAGUCUCCAAUGCCUUACGUCAAAGCGCACGUUUUGUUUUUGUUGUGUAAAAUCUUGAAAUUGUAGAAAAUCGUCUUAAAAGAUGUCUCAAAACAGUGAAGAAGUCAAUAAAAAUGUUUUAACGGAUGCACAGAAGGCUCGAAUAGAUCGGAAUCGCCAGAAAGCACUGUAUCUCAAGAGUGCCAAGCUUGUGGCUCAUCCCUAUGCCAAGUCUGUCGAAGAAGGCGAGAAGAGUGUCAUAAAGAUUCAAGGUAGUCGUUUCGUGGAUAGUGGCGGCGGAUUUUUGAUAGAAGAGGAAAUUGCUCCAAGCGGCGGUGAUAGUUCGAGUCAACCAGAAGCCUCUGAAGAUGUAAUUGAUAAUGCUAUUGAUCUUCCCGUUACAUACGAAGAAUGCCUGGAGUGUGAUGAUAAAUUUGCGGAAUCAUACCUAAUGCAUCACUUUAAUUACUCUGUUUGUGAUAAGUGUCGUGACAGUGAAGAUAAGCAUUCUUUGAUCACCAAAACUGAUGCGAAGAAAGAUUAUCUCCUGCAGGAUUGCGAUUUGGAGAAGCGGGAGCCUCCUCUCAAGUACAUUGUCCGCAAAAAUCCUCACAACGUCCGCUGGGGCGAGAUGAAACUCUAUCUGCAUGUUCAGAUUGAGAAGCGGGCUCUUGAAGUUUGGGGCAGUGAGGAGAGGCUACGGCAGGAACAUGAAUUGCGCGAUGAGAAGCGAGAGAAGUCCAAGAUUAAGAAGUACAACAAGCAAAUGAAGCAGCUAAGGAUGGAUAUGAGGAGCAGUCUCUAUGAUAAAACCUCUGCAGCAUCGCAUGUGCACAAAUUUGGUCCGGAAAAUUACAAUGAGGAAGAUGAUACUUAUACUCACACUUGUCUGACUUGCAAGUAUACAGAAACUUUUGAGAAAAUGUAAAUUUACAGAAUGCUUGGGUGCAAUGAUGAUAACUUUGUAAACAGUAUGAACUUGGAAUAUUUCCUGUGAAUUGAAUUGAUUGAAAUAAGAGAAUUUGUAAGUAAAU